AUGGCCUUCGACUUGCAAAUAAGCCAUAACUCUUGCCUCUCCGACCUUCUCGUCAAUCGUUGCAGUUCGACUGAUUGCGUUGCAUCAGAGUCUCGCUUCGUCCAUUCGAAUCAAGCCGACCUUUCACUCGCUGCGCCUGUCCAGACGGAAAAUAUCGCCGAGCCCAUGAAGCCGGACUCCAUUCGCAUGUCAUCCGUGUGCACCUGCCAGAUCUCGUUCCGAGGGUCGAAGUUUCCUUCGUUGAAGGCUUUUACGAUUUUUAGGAACAUGUCUUCGAGCUUGGCGGCGGUUUCGGUAUCUUGA